UGGAUGACGUCAGAACCUGUCGUUAACAGCUUAGCUCGGAUCGGAUCCGGAUCAGAUCGUCCCGGUUGUACUCUUGUUUUCUGCGUGGAGGGAAACUAAUCGCAUCCGGACGUAGAUCUGGUUUAUGUCAGAGACUUGGACUCCGGUGGGACUCGGGCCACUGUACACUUUAUUGAGCCGGAAUAAGUUACAUAAACAGGGAGACGUCACAUUCGUCACCAGAAGGCGCGCCACAGUUUGACAGCCUUUAUCGCUGAUCGAUUGAUCUGAUCAGAGACUAAUCGAUUGGAUUCUAAAGAUGGAGAGGAAGAAGACAGACUGCCCAGCGCUUCCGCCCGGCUGGAAGAAAGAGGAAGUGAUUCGGAAGUCUGGGCUGAGUGCCGGCAAGAGUGACGUCUAUUACUACAGUCCAACAGGGAAGAAGUUCAGGAGUAAGCCUCAGCUGGCUCGUUACCUUGGCAACAAGGUGGACCUGGGAUGCUUUGAUUUUCGGACCGGGAAAAUGAUGCCUGGAAAGCUGCAGAAAAGCAAACAGAGACUCCGACAUGAAGCAAUGAGCCUCGCCAAGGGAGGUAAACCGGACCUGAACACGGCUCUGCCCAUCAGACAGACUGCGUCCAUCUUCAAACAGCCUGUCACCAAGGUUACCAGUCACCCCGGGAACAAGGUCAAGGCAGAUCUGCAGAGGGCAACUGAGCAGCCGAGACAGUUGUUUUGGGAGAAGAGGUUAGCGGGUCUGCGGUCGUCAGAUGUGACAGAAGAAGUCCUGCGGACGAUGGACCUGCCCAAAGGCCUGCAGAGUGUGGGUCCAGACUCCAGUGAUGAGACUCUGCUGUCGGCCAUUGCCAGCGCUCUGCACAUGAGCUCUGCACCGAUCAUCGGACAGACGUGUGCAGCCACUGAGAAGAAUCCAGCCGUCUGGCUGAAUGCAUCUCAGCCGCUCUGCAGGGCGUUCACCAUCACCGACGAACACAUCCGGGAGCAGGAGCUGAAGGUGUAUCAGGCAAGGAGGAGCCUGGAGGAGGCGCUGACGGCUGACGGGUUGGCUCGAGCCGCCGAGAAUAACAGACAGCUGCUACUGCGGGGGAAGACGGCCUGAACACAGACAGACUCAACCCUAUGAUCACAUCGGGUUCUACCAGACAAACUCACAACCCAAACCACAGACGGACACCCAGCAGACCACAGACCAGCCACAGAUCAACAACAGGCUGACCACCAACCAACAACAGGCUGAUCACAGACCAACAACAGACUGAUCACCAACCAACAACAGGCUGAUCACCAACCAACAACAGGCUGACCACCAACCAACAACAGGCUGACCACCAACCAACAACAGGCUGACUACAGACCAACAACAGGCUGAUCACCAACCAACAACAGGCUGACUACAGACCAACAACAGGCUGAUCACCAACCAACAACAGGCUGACUACAGACCAACAACAGGCUGACCACCAACCAACAACAGGCUGACUACAGACCAACAACAGGCUGAUCACCAACCAACAACAGGCUGACCACCAACCAACAACAGGCUGAUCAUCGACCAACAACAGACUGACCACAGACCAACAACAGGCUGAUCACCAACCAACAACAGGCUGACCACCAACCAACAACAGGCUGAUCACCAACGAACAACAGGCUGACUACAGACCAACAACAGGCUGAUCACCAACCAACAACAGGCUGACCACCAACCAACAACAGGCUGGUCACCAACCAACAACAGGCUGACCACCGACCAACAACAGGCUGAUCACAGACCAACAACAGGCUGGUCACAGACCAACAACAGGCUGGUCACCAACCAACAACAGGCUGACCACCGACCAACACCAGACUGACCACCAACCAACAACAGGCUGAUCACCGACCAACAACAGGCUGAUCACCAACCAACAACAGGCUGACCACCAACCAACAACAGGCUGACCACCAACCAACAACAGGCUGAUCACCAACGAACAACAGGCUGACUACAGACCAACAACAGGCUGAUCACCAACCAACAACAGGCUGACCACCAACCAACAACAGGCUGGUCACCAACCAACAACAGGCUGACCACCGACCAACAACAGGCUGAUCACAGACCAACAACAGGCUGGUCACAGACCAACAACAGGCUGGUCACCAACCAACAACAGGCUGACCACCGACCAACACCAGACUGACCACAGACCAAUAACAGGCUGGUCACAGACCAACAACAGGCUGGCCACAUACUGACCACAGACCAAGAACAGACUGACCACAGCCAAAUAACAGGCUGACAACAGA